CACAUUUUCACGUUGCCACCAUUCUUUUACAUUUCACUGUUAACAAACCAAACCUAGAAACGCCAGCGAUCACGAUCAUCAUGUUCCGGCAAGCCUCACGUCUCUUGGGUCGAGCCUCUUGGCUGCGGCCACGACCCUUCUGCACAGAGGUCCCAGCAGCCACUCCAUCAGCGGACCCAGCCUUUGUAGAGGCAUGGAAGAAAGUGGCGCCCAACAUCGACCCACCCAGGACUCCAUCAACCUACAUGGACCCUCGGCCUCCCAUCCCUUCUUCCCUCCCUUCCAAAAUGACAGUCAAUUUCGUCCUCCCUUAUUCUUCUGAGCUCUCUGGCAAAGAGGUCGACAUGGUCAUGAUACCAGCAACAACCGGACAGAUGGGUGUUUUGCCUGGCCAUGUCGCAACCAUUGCGGAGCUAAAGCCUGGAGUCUUAUCAGUGCACGAUGGGAGUGAUGUGAAAAAGUAUUUUAUCAGCAGUGGAUUUGCUUUUAUUCAUGCAAAUUCUGUUGCUGAUAUAAUUGCCGUGGAAGCUGUGCCAAUUGACCAAAUUGACGCAAGCUUGGUACAGAAGGGGCUUGCAGAGUUCACUCAGAAGCUCAGUUCAGCUACAACCGAUUUGGAGAAAGCUGAAGCACAAAUAGGCAUCGAUGUUCAUAGUGCUCUUAACUCUGCUGUCACUGGCUAAUGACUUGCAAUGCAAUCAAAUUUUUGUUACUUCUCUCUUCAUCUAAUUGAGCAGUAUUCAACUUGGCAAAUCGUCAGUGAGUUUCAGUGAAAUAAAGUAUAUCCUGAGCCCUUUUCUUUCU